GGCCUCCUCCUCCUCCUCUAUAAAUACCGCCCCCACCUCCUCUUCCCAUUCGUUCCAUCCACCACCCACCCAUCCAACACCACCCUUCUCCAAAGCUGCAAAAUCCAAAGCGAGAAACCGCCAUUGCCACCCACCUCGAUUCCGCUCUCGAUCUCAGCUCACUGCUGCAUUGCGGCUGUCGCUGUCAGCUCGGAUCGGCGCCACGGAGGCCACCGCGGACAGGAGGGCCGUGCAGCCGGCCGGCGGCGGCAUGGAGCCCGGGUUCGGGAAGCGGCUGAUGCACGUGCUGCGCGCGGUGUACCACAUGCUGCGGCGCGGGCUGUGCCGGAAGCGCCUCAUGAUGGACCUCCACCUGCUCCUCGGCCGGGGCAAGCUCGCCGGCAGGGCGCUCCGCGACGUCCUCCUCGCCCACCAGCCGCACGGCGGCGCGGCUGCCGUGGCGGUCAUGGGAGGCGGCGCCGGGGUGGCGCGGGGUGGUGACUCGUCGUCGUCGCCGCUGUCGGCGUCGUUCUUCCACCACAACCCCAGGGACGUGGAGUUCAGCUGCACCACCACGCCGUCCUACGCGCCGGGGGUCUUCCCCUUCAGGUUCCGCGGCCGCGGCGGCUCACGCCACGCCGGCGGCGGCGCCAGCAACUACGGCGGGCUCGACGCCUCCGCCGUGGCCCGCGUCUUCGAGAUGCUCAACGCCGACGCCGCGGCUGCUGCUGGCGCCGGCGGGGAGACGCCGCUGUCGUCGAUGCCCGGCGCCACGCCGUCCCCGUUGCUGGCGCUCAGCCUCGGCCGCAGCCCCGCCGGGACGCGGCAGCUCCGCGUCACCGACUCGCCGUUCCCCGUCGAGCCGCCGGAGGGCGCCGUCGACGGCCGCGUCGACGACAAGGCCACCGACUUCAUCGAGUGGUUCCGCCGCCAGCUCCUCCAGCAGCAGGCGUCCGCCGCGCCAACGCCGGACUACCGUGGCUAGCCCGCCGACCGCCGCCGCCAUCGCCGCCGCGGCAUGGGCGAGCGAGCGCGAAUACUAAAGCACGAGAAGCUUAUAUAUAUAUAUAAGGGACUAUGUGGCGUCAAAAUUGUUUCACUGACAUGUGGGUUUCGAGUUUUUCUACCUGCAUGGCUGCGUGUAAUUUUUCCUCGGUUAAUUAAUUUCCUCGCUUGUGAUAAAUCUCUAUAUAUGUAGAGUUCACGAGGAGACGAGAUAAAAAAAAAAGUGGGCUUGCCGUUGCAUUGCCCGCACAACUUGUAUCUGCCAUAUCAUGCAUAUGAGACGAAAUGAUAAUUUUUGCACUUUAAUUAAA